AUGCCUGGACCUGGACUCUGGGUACAGGGAAAAUCCAGGCCUUGGUCCAGGUUCAGCUCGAUCUCUAGCUUGUAUACCUCCCUGCCUAUUUUCCAGACUCUAAUGGUCAUUUCUCGAAUUUCUCUACUUUUUAAAUUUGUAAUAGUUGUAGCAACACUUUACAAUUAAUUCUGGGCGCUUCUAUCACUUUCUCUCAUUUAAUCACUCAACGGGAACUACAGGGGAUAUAUUUAAUCUAAGUGCAAGAUUCUUAUUAGAGAGUAAUCUUUGCCCAUAAAAAUAAAUUUUAAUUUUCUUUACCUCUGUCAAGGCCUUUUACUUCUUUAAUUUUUUAGAAUAACGAGUUUUUUUUUAUUAAAAAUAAUUUUGAGGCGAUAUAAAUUAAAUGGAGGUUUUUCAAGUAAAUCAUUAAGUAGACCCAAAGCAAGGCACAGAACGGAGCACCUCAACAGGGUUCUGACUCAGCUCCCUUAACUUAUGAAAAGAUGGAUGCUUUUUAAAAUUCUUGGUACCACUGGACAG